AGCUAUUGCGCUCGUCGAUAAUAGACGUUGAGCAUUUGUUACCACCGGACGUAACGUAAACUCUAAUAAUCAGUAUUCGCGUUCGGAAUUUAAAUUCCCAUUUUGAUUUUUUUUUGUGUUAAUAUUAUUUUAUUGUGUUGUGAAAUGCGCGUGUGCGCCGAAAGACAAAGCGUUCGUUUAGCGUCGGCUCGUUGGAUCCGUCGCCGAGCAGCAAGGAUGGCCCACUCAAUCGGAAUGUUGCAUUUUCAGUUCAAACGGAUGCUGAACAAGGAGCUGAGCCAUUUUUCAGAAUCGAGCAAGUCUGGAAAUCAAAUAUCGGAAUACAUCUGCUCUACUUUCUUAGAUAAACAACAGGAACUUGAUCUACCAUGUUUACAAGUCGAUGAGGGCCAAGAACGUCAAACAAAGAAAAAAGAAAAGCCACGUGCUGGUGGCCCAGCCACCACAAUGUCACAAAUAACUGGUGUCAAAAGAACGCUCACACAUACUAACAGUUUUACUGGUGAACGAGUCCCGAGGUUCGGAGUAGACACUCCUCACGAAGAAGAGUUGGGCAGACAACUGAAUGAACUUGAUCGCUGGGGCGUCGACAUCUUUCGCAUUGGCGACCUAUCAUGUGGAAGGCCUCUGACUGCUGUCGCAUAUGCUGCCUUCAACUCCAGAGAACUUCUAUCGACACUGCAAAUAGCACCCCGCACUUUCUUAGCGUUCGCAGUGACACUUGAGGAACACUACAUCCGGGACAAUCCUUUUCAUAACUCACUUCAUGCAGCGGACGUUACACAAUCCACACAUGUACUCCUCAAUACGCCGGCUCUGGACGCUGUGUUCACUCCAAUUGAAGUGUGCGCUGCAUUGUUUGCGGCGUGUGUUCACGAUGUGGAUCAUCCUGGACUUACAAACCAAUUUCUCGUCAACUCUAGCUCUGAGCUCGCUCUUAUGUACAAUGACGAGUCUGUUCUUGAAAACCACCAUCUAGCCGUUGCAUUUAAAUUGCUGCAGAAUGACGGUUGCGAUAUAUUUACAAAUUUACAUAAAAAGCAGAGACAGACAUUGAGAAAGAUGGUAAUCGAUAUGGUCCUCUCAACAGACAUGUCCAAACACAUGAGCUUAUUAGCUGACUUAAAGACCAUGGUAGAAACAAAGAAGGUGGCCGGCAGUGGCGUCUUAUUACUAGAUAAUUACACAGAUAGAAUACAAGUCUUGGAGAAUCUCGUUCAUUGUGCCGACUUAAGCAACCCUACUAAACCUUUACCUUUAUAUAAGAGAUGGGUGGCGCUGCUUAUGGAGGAGUUCUUCCAGCAAGGAGACCGUGAGAGAGAACAGGGCAUGGAUAUCAGUCCGAUGUGUGACAGGCAUAAUGCUACAAUAGAGAAAUCUCAGGUCGGUUUCAUCGACUAUAUUGUGCACCCUCUGUGGGAGACAUGGGCGGAUCUAGUACACCCUGACGCGCAAGACAUCUUGGACACGCUAGAAGAGAACCGUGAUUAUUACCAGAGCAUGAUACCCCCAUCACCCCCGCCAGCCCCCGUAUCGUCACAUUCAGCGCCCGAUGACGAUCGCCCCGAACAAAUACGCUUUCAAGUAACACUAGAGGAGGGCGAGGGCUCGGAAGAAUGCGAGGGCGAGGGCGACGGCGGGAUGUGACGGAAACUACUGGGAAUCUGUAAGAAACUCACUGAGAAAAUGCAGGUGUGGUGGAGGCUCUGGCAGUAGAGCUGCGCCCGCGCCGGUAAAAGUAGCACCACCGUGACGAGCGGAUUGUUGGAUAAUAAUAACAUUUGUUGACGCUUACCUCGAAAUGGAACGAUCUGCGGGUGUAUCGUAACAUUUCGAUUAUGAUUAUUUAUAUGUGAUUAUUAUGCAAUGUUGUUUAGAGUUACCUAACGACUAAAAAUAAUGUCCCUCCAAUGACUGUGUAACGUUCGAUUGUCUAGUGUUUUUACUAUUGUUUCGUUUUGUCUAACCAAAGAUUCAGUUCAUAUGUUUACAGUAAAGUUCGAUAUAUCCCUGUAAGUAGGUAGUUAGUGUUCGGUUUAAAUUAAAGUCGUGUAAGUAGAUAUAGUGGCCGGCUCCGAAUGUACCGGAUCGGCUAAAUAAGGACAUUGAAAACGCUUAUUAAUUGGUAUGAAAGGGUAAUUUAUAUUGUCAUAUCAUCCACGUUUCUCAUAUUUAAUACGGGUUUGCGAUAAUGAUGUUAUUCACCAAAAUAUAUUAACAUGAUAGGUAUCCUAAUGUAAAUCUAUUUUAAGGUAAAUUUUAAAAAUUGCCUUUCGAAGUUGUUGUGUCUUUUUUCUGAAUAUAUAAUAUUCGGCCAGGCUCUCACCAUGGAUAGACACGUUACCACGUUCAUCCUGUUAGAUAGCUUUACUUGAUUUGAUAAUCCUAAUAGCACCUCAUUUCUUAUGGGAGGUCGCUGGCGACCCCUUUACUUUUCUCUUUAGAAUAGUGUAUUAUUUUUGUAAAUGAAUUAUUGUCUAUUUCUCUUGAAUCCAAAUAUUAUCAAAAAAUAUUAGUCAUGGAUCUUUUAAGUUUUUGUGUAACGCAACUAACGGCUUGGAGUGUUUGAUUAAAAUGUUAAGUACUAACAAACGAGUGGUUUGCAAAUAAGUUUUCUCUCGGAUGUUUUCAUUUUAAUUUCAAACAUAUUUACUUAAGUGCAACGGAUAACAGCACGCGGGCCGGGUUUUGCAAUAGUACAUACUAAGUAGGUAGUAUCCGAAGCACUCUCUCUUCGCACAAUAUUCAUGUAUUACCUGACGUAUCCAUGUGUUAGUUAGUGCUCAUAUCCUAAUAUCUUUAUACGUAAUUUCUGAGUAAUAACAACUUCGAUGCGACACAGUGCAGAUCUGAUAAUCACCCACAUACUAUUCCUCAUUAUUAAUACAAGUACAACAAUCAUUACAGUACUACUUACUCAGUGGACACUUAAGAGGGUGAAAUAAACCUGUAUUAUGUUUGCAUUUCAUUAUGAUCAUCGUUUUAAUGAACGAUUUUGUUACUUAUGAGCUGGUCUCAAAACUUUCAUGUACUCAAAAGAUAUUCGUUUUUACUUGUUUAGAUGAUUUAGUAAUUCUUGACAAGUAUUCAUAUUUUGUCACGCACUCAGAACAAGAACUAAACCAUAGAAGAAAUGCUAUGACUUUUGAGCGUACACUCCCAUAGCCAAUAAAUUAUUUUUUUUCCAAAAAAAAGUAUUACCCAACCAAAAAGUAUUAUUGGUUUGUUGGCAGGUUACAUUUGACAUUAGAGCGCUUUUUGUAAAGGUAACCAAGGUAUCUAUAAAAAUCCACAAGGUAUCGAAUUUGAAGUUUGUAUAGUGGUACACACGCCGUUCAUAGCACCAUAUAUUUGUCCCUUUUCUUGGUCUAUAUGUAAAGAUAAGAUAUGUCGACUUUAUAAGUUGAAAUUAAACUCUUUCUAUGCUUUAGUUCUUGUUCUGGGUACGCAUUAUAACCAUUGUGUCAAUCUAUAGAAUGAGUAUUAUUUUGUGAGUAUUCUCUAAGUCAUUCAUAGCAUUCAUCGGAGUCAAGAAAGAAGGUCCAAUGUACAUUAUUUUCGUAGGUAAUUUAAGAAUUUUAUUCGGCGAGAAAAAUAAAUAAAUUGUUACUUACCAGUCUCGGGUUCGCCGUGAUAUCUUCAAGUUGUCUGAUUUUGGAACGCAUAGAUUAAUAUUUGGACUUUGAAAAAAAAAUAAAGCGCUUAUCUACUUGUGUGUUAAAAUAGACAUUACGCUUAGAAUCAUUUGAUUUCUAAUAUAUAGGUAUUUGUAACGAAAUUGUGUUAUAAUGUUUGUAUAACAGUAGAUCUGUGUAUAAAACCCAAUUUUGGUAUAUAUUAAACUACGCCAAUGUGGUGCACUUGGCUUACGAUAUACCCGACACACAACAUCUUUGUAUCUAACACUCGUACAAUAAUUUGUUCGCUCGUGUGUCAGCAUCAUUGUCAACAAUUGUACAGAUACAGACUUGAUAAACCAUAAUAUUUUGAAGAUUUCAAAACUGUACAUUUAUGACAUGUCAGGUGACUAGCUCUUGGUUCUCUAGAAGAAUGAAAAAGAACAAUCUAAGUAGUUUAUAAUAUCUACGAACCUUGAACGUGACAUGUCAUAUACAAUAGUCAUAUUUAGCGUUACCUACUUAUUAAUUAUCAAAUUGUUUUACGAAAAAGUGGUUUCAGUGUUGUGUACCUAUAUGUUUUGUCAAUAUGAAGAAAUAUCCCUAAGAUUGGAUAUACCUAGUUAAAUUAUUAAUACCAAGAUAAAAGGAAGUGUGCAAUGCUGGUCAUUUGCAUUACUUGAUUUAUGUUUAAAAAAUAGCUUGUAAUAGUUUAAAUGAAUAUUUGAGUUGAAUUAAAGAAUAUUAAUGUAUUUAGAAUAAAAAGAUAUGGGAGAAAAC